GUGGACAGUUUGAUUUCACAGAAGUGUGAUUGACUUGGAGUUACAUUGUGUUGUUUAAGUGUUCCCUUUAUUUUUGUGAGCAGUGUAUAUUUUAAAUUCAGAUCCCUUCCUGAAUUGACCGACUCCAAUUCAAAUUGAGCCCAACCCUGUUGCGCCUUCUUCAUCACGCUGUCUGUGUGGGUGGACCAUUUCAGAUUGUCAGUGAAAUGGACGUUGAGGAACUCGAAGCUUUUCACCUUUUCCACUGCGGUCCCAUUUAGGGUGGGGUGAUGGAAGUAUAACUUCAGGGUUAGUUAAGACAAUAUAGUGGUAUAGAUAGGUCGUAACGGGCCUCACACUCCAGUGCAGUAGGUGGUGGUGUAUGCACCUGCCAGUUGGUUGCGAUUCGCCAAUAAAACAAAGAAAAAAAAAGAAAACAGAACUGAAAAGCCUUAAUGUUGUUCUUAUUUUGACAUUUAUUAACCAACACCCUGGAACUCAAAAUAUUAUCAAUGUAACAUCACAGUAUAGCAUACCCUAGGUAAUCUUUAAUUCGCGUUGGAAACAGGACUUGGUUGAUGUUAUUUAGGUGACGCUAGUUAAAUGUUAAUUGCUAAUGUUAGCCAACAAUGUCUAACUGUAUGGUUUUUCACACUCAAAUAGCCUCCAUUAUGGAGGUGCUAGCGAAUGCAGCCGUGGCAGAUAUCUGUAAACUCGUAGAUGACGAUUAUGCAGUGUUUCGUUUGGAAAUAACUCAAAGCCAGAAAGAAAACAGGGUAUUGCGGAGGAAACUACUGGAACUGAAGGUGGCACGGGAGCGCGCUGAGAGGACAAUGCGAGAGCGCGUCCUCGGCAGUCGUCCCAGUAGUGUCAAGAUCCUCGACCGGUACAGAGUAAUGUCAAGAGGUGAAGGACAUCUCUUUGGAGGCCACAGGAGCUUUGUGAAGCCAGCGGGACACAAUACAUGGAGAGAUGACCAACCAAUCACUGUUGAUGAGGAGAGUGGAACCUCAACCCAGCAUGUUAUCAUGAUGGAGUCUGCAGAGGCUGCAGGCCCUGGGGUCAAGCUAGAGAGGUCUGGUGGAGAGGAGGACCCAUGGCACAGCAAAGACAUCCAGGCUGGUGCAGCGUCUGGAGUGGCACCCCCUGUAGCCACAGAGGACCUUUCCACCGCUGCUGUGCUCCAGUCCAGGAACCGACGCAGCAUCACAGAGGAGGAGGGUCCAGAGGUGCUGCUGAUAAAGGUGGAGGGGUGUGAGGAGGAUCUGGGGAACCCUGAGGGUACCAUGGUCAUGGAGGACAACCAGACUACACCUCCUCCUGAACCCACAGAGGAACCAGCUGAGCAGCACAGGACCACAUACAGUCUCACUGAGUCAGUAGACAUGGAGGAUUGGAAGCCUGAUCUGCUGCUGGUCAAAGAGGAGACAAUAGAAGAUGGACCAGAGAGCAUGUAUCUGCUAAGUGGAGUAAAGAUGGGGGAGCAAGUUGGUUGGCUAGAGGCUAACAGAGACUGGGGGGCCAUCUUGGAUUCCCAAACCCAGACGGGUGUAGCCAAGGGCCCAGGGGACAACAUCACUGAGCAGGCCAGGACUAGAGACAACAUGGUGGAGUCUGCAGUCCAUGAGGAACUGCUGAUAUCCGGUGUUGCUGGUGGGAGAGACUGGCCCUCUGAAGUGGCUGGUCACAAACCCCGGCCCCGGAUCAGAACCCUGGAUCAGGAGCUGUCACUCUUCUUUACCGAGUCAGAACCAGGACUGAACCGCGAGGAACAAAGACUCCACCACCACACAGAACACAACCAGUGGACAGGUGGACUGAACAACCUCAGUCCUGGUGGUCAUCAGAGAGACAGAGGUUCCAGUCAGGGAUCCAGUCUGCAGCCCAGACCCUUCUCUUCACAGUCUCAGUGCAGGGAUGAAGCAGGGCCUGGGGCUGAUAGAGAUAGACCCUCCUGUUCCUAUGAUGCAAACACCACAGUAUCCAUGAUGCACAGAGCAGGUCACCCUGGGCUUCAGCCUUUACAGAGAGUGGUAGGAGACCCCCCUGAUGGGAGUCUUUCGGAAAGUCUGUCUUCUCCUUCAGGAUCUCGUCUAAUUCCGGAUGAAUGGGUUAAUCGAAAGCAUGGACCUGGGUCUAGCCUUCCUCAGCUGCCUCAUGGUUACCCCACCAAUACAGACAGGGUCAGGAUGGGCAUUCACCACAAGAGAUACCUAGCCUAUAACACAUCAGACAAACCCAACAACACCCAAACAAUGGCUAGAGGUCAAGCAGGGAGCUCAAAGACUAACCAGCUAAGGGUGGUGGCUCCUGCUUCUAGCUACUCUGGUGUCAUUGGGUCACAACGUGGGAAGCCGAACAUUAGGACUGACGCUGACAAGCCGUAUGCCUGCCCCACAUGUGGGAAGUGCUUUGCUGAGGCGAACUAUGUGAAGAUCCACCAGAGGGUCCACACAGGGGAGAAACCCUUCAGCUGUACCCAGUGUCACAUGCGCUUCGCAGAGGCUGGCACCCUGAAGAGGCACCAGAGGGUCCACACAGGGGAGAAACCCUAUAGCUGCCCUCAGUGUGAGAAGAGGUUCUCACACCAGCAUCAUCUGAAGAGGCACCUGAAGGUCCACACAUGACAAAGGCCAUUUGCCUUCUCUGAGGGUUUCAGAGAGGAACUACCUCAGGAUACACCAGCAGAAAAAACAUCACACUUCAUAACAUAAGAGGUAACCAACCAUUCCCUCCUCAGGGUACACAUUGUCUCCCCAUCAUUGGUGUUAGUGCGGUGACAUGCUGCCAACCUUCACUUUCUUUCAUUAACUUUCUCUCAUUAGCUUUAG